UCUGAAUAUUUUAGGGCUACUAAACCUUGACGCUUGUCCAGCAAUUUUGAAGUCAAAGAUAGUUCUUAUAUUCUGUUUAACAUAUUUCUUAUAAAAUUUAUUAUUGUAGAUCCACUUGGGGCGUGGAAUAUGGUUACCACAAGCGACUUUUAAUAAUGAUAUUUACACUGCAGGGUCAUCCCUAGCAAUGGUGGUAAAAAAUAUUGCAGUAUCUGUAUUCGGAGUAGAGUACCUGAAAUCCCAUAGUGUUAAAGGCAAGGCUUCGAACAAAACCAAAAGUAUCCCACGACCAGCUAUCGAUCCCACAAAAGCUCUCGCUAUACGAGAAAAGGAAGCGAUUCAAAAACAUAUUACGAAAAAAACUUCUAAACUCAAUACAUCAACCAAUAUCGAUAAUACCAAUCCCAAUACCCACGAUAAUCUACCAACUGGCUUGGAAAAAUCGCCGGUAGGAGAGGUGAGCUCUUCAGAAGAAUCUGAUGAGGAAUCGAACUCUGCUGGUGAAGACUCCAUGGAACAGGAAAAAAAAUAAUAAAAAAAAUACUAAAUCUAAUUAUUUUUUUAUCUUAUUGUAAUACAAGUUAAAUUUUAAAU